AUCUUGGAGAGCGUAAAGCUCCUCAGCUCAGCCUUCAUCAGAGGACAUCUUCGUAUCCCCACUGAUGAACCGUCAUCAGUUCUGGAAACCAAAUGUCAUGGCUUGCGGGCGUCGUUCAACUGUCGGUGGCGUUCCAGGUCAAAGGGAGAGGUCGGAGAAGGCUUGCUUGACGCGUUUGUCAUGGAAGGGCCGAGAUGAAGUGCACAGCCACCGGAGGCGGAAAUCGGACGUCUUUCGUCCAUAUCGCACUCUCUGUUUCCUCCACAACCCGCACAGCACAAAAGAACCCCAUCAGUAACAUGUCUCAGGACCGGCCGCUGCAGCAACACCAGGGCGAGGUGCUUGCCGCACUAUCGCAUCCGUCAAACAGACUCACCUCGAUCGCCACAAUCCCUGCCUUGUCUGACGACACCCUCGCCGCAAUCAUCAACAAGCACUACCAAGCGAAUCCCACCACUGCACGGCCUUACAUCCAAUAUGCCUCAACAAACUCCGCUGCCCCUUUCUCAAAUACGCGGUUACGUCCCAGUCUCGAUUGGGCUCACCGGCUGGGCAUGUCAAUGAGUGGGAUUCAUUUGCUGGAGAGGAUUCAGCGUCUGCGCACAGUCACGGCACCACCACAGUCUACAGAGGAGUUGCAGUCCCCGAGGGGGUUGAAGCGGAAAUUGGACGUCGGUCUACCCUCCUUUAAUGGUGCCGCGGAUAGCAGGAGGAGGAAAAUGGUGGAUGGGGGCGAGGCAGUUGCGCGAGACGCUGCCGAACACGAGGAGGAGGAGAAUGAUGAGAAUGCGCCGCCUGACGCUGCCGGUAGGAGGAUAUUCUCUGAUAUUACCAAUGCGAGUAUUUUGGAGGGCAGCCGGCCAGUUGCCGUACAAGAUGGGGAUCCGAAUGGACAUGUAGCCAUGGAGGCUAUGGAUGUUGUUGAGCCGACCACUGCUGUUACCGGAGAGAUUGAAGUGGUGGAGAAGAGCGUGCUUGUCUCGGGAGUUGGGCAAGAGACGGACGUGGAGCAUAUGGAGGCUGUUCAUGAAACUGUACCUCGGAACGCUAUGGAUGCGGUCGAACACUCGAGCCAGAAAGAAACGGAUGCAGCAGCGACAUCAGAACUUACUUCGCUGCCAACCCACCAUGAGGGCGACCCUUCAUUGUCCAGCCACCACGAAGUCGACGAGACAAGGAUAGCGGUCGAAUCCAGUGAAGCCCACCUCUCCACCAUCGCACAAAUCGCUUGUACUCUCCCCACUCAACAAUCAUCCGACCCACUCUCCCUCUUCUUCCACGCCCAACAACCCUCCUUCGCGUUCGACGACGACGAACCAGACGCCGCCGAUACCUCCCUACACACGCUUACAGAGCCCGCAUCAACAUUAGCGGACGAGGAUGACACGGACGACGACACUCUGCCACUGUCGCAGGCUGAGAGCGAGUUUUUGGAGGGGUCGCAGGAUCUGUCGGGCGAUGUUGAUGAUGACUUUUGGCCUCCUAUGCGGCAAGAAGAUGAUGAUGGCGAGGAUAAGCGGGACGACGACGCGCAGCUGGGGACCCAGGGAGAUGCGAUGAAUGCUGAUGACCAGGUCCGCGAAAACCCUUUCGCCACAGCUUCCAAGAACGCGCCGGAAUGGGAGUCUGAAACGAUCAAACUACCCGAAGACGACCCAGCCAAUGACAGCGACGCCACCCAGAUGUAUACGGAGACGCAAGACCACGGUUCGCACGACUUUGCCCGCGGCUUGUCGCAUCUGGCCGCUGGCACGUCUAUGCAGCUCACGCGGAUGAGCUUGUUGCCGCCGUCGCCGGCAGUCGCUACAGAUGCUACCACUUUUGAGGAUAUGCUGGAUCGGGGUGGAGAUGACGGUGCGGCGAUGGGACGGGACGGUGAAAAUGUCAGUGGAAAAGGCGACGUGGAUACGAGCGCGAUCAGGGAUGGUGUCAUAGGGCUGCAGUCGCAGGAGAUGGAGCGAGAGGAGGGGAUGGAUCAGACGGGGUCUCUGGAGGCGACGGAGAAGGCGACGGGGCAUGUGGAAGCGAAGCAAAGGGAUGAGGAGAGGGAGGUGUCGCAUCAGCAACCGGAAGCCGAGCCGCUGCAUGUAGAUAGGAUGCCGCGUGGGCAUCUCCAAGAAACGAUCGUAGAAGAACCACAUGUGGACGCACAACAGCAGCCGAUGGAAGAGCCGAUGCGCGAGCAUGCGCAGGACGAGUCGAUGCAUGUGGAUGAGAAAGUGCAGGAGCUACAUGUACAUGCUCAAGCACAUCAGCCGCCUGGAGAGGAGCCGCGGGCGGACACACACCAGCUACCUGAGGAGAUCUCGAUCCACGAAUCGGUGCAAGGGAAGGAACACGCGUCAGUUGAGCAAUCCCAUGAGCACGAACAAAUGAUGGCGGACGAGGGUGGAGAUGUACGGAGCCAGCCACAACAGCAAGGGGAGGAGGAGCCGAUGCGUAUGGAAGAGCAGAUGGAAGCGCAGGAGCCGAUGCGUGAGGUGGAGCCAGAGCAGAAGGUGAUGGAGGGUCAACAAGUACAGCAACCGCAGUUGCAGGAGGCGACACAUGUAGCAGAGCAGUUGGGAGCGCAUGGGCCCAUGCGUGGAGAGGAGACACCGCAGAAAGCGGGGGGGCCGAUAUGUGCAGAAGAAGAAGGGCAUAAGGUCGUGGAAGACGAAGAUGUGCACAACAAGCCGGAAGACGACUUGCAGGAACCGAUGCGCGUGGAGCAGCAGGAGCAGUCGAAAGGGGAGGGACAGAACAAACAGCCCUUGAACGAGCCGCAAGAACAAACGCAUGAGCCUAUGCACGAGGAACAGCAUGAACGAGCGCAGGGGAUGGAGAUGGAGCUGGAGGCAGAGACGGACAUGGACAAGGAAGAGAAGCCUCAGAACGAGCCACAGGAGCCAUCGGAGGUGCCGAUGCAUGAGCAAGCCCACGAGGCGACGCCCCUGGACGAGCCACAACAGCUCCCGGUGCUUCUUCAACAUCCCGAGCCAGAGCAAGAUGAGCCAAAGCACAUACCAACGAAAGAGCUGUCACAACAAGCGGAAGAGACCGUUCUCGGACAACCGCCUCACGACCCAGAGUCAAAGCCCGAGGCAAAAUCGCCGCAAGACCCACAGCACCAAUCCCCACCCCCCGCCGAAUCACAAGACCCAAAACACGACCAACAAUCCGAGACCACCACUAAAUCAACACCAUCCCUUCGAUCGCCCAGCACCUCCAUAUCCCCGAUAUCCCCUGUUGGAUUCACGUUUGGGCUGAAUGUUGGGUUUGGGUUUGGGUUAGAGCCUAGGGCGCCGCCUCCUGAGUGAUGGAGGGAUUUGAGUCUGCGGGGCAUGUAAGACGUCCGAUGCUUCUGUGGAAGAUUACGGGGCGUGCGGAGGGAGGUGGGAGGAUGGAUGGAUGGAGAGUGGGCGGGUGGCAUGGAUUGACUUUGUUUCUGCACGGCGGUUGGGAUGGUCGCAUUGAAUAGAUACGACCGGGGAUGGGUAUUGCGUCGUCGUGUAGGUAGAGGGGCUGAUGAGGCGGAAAGCGGGAGUAGCGGUCAUUGUCGGCGUAGUCGUCGUCGUCGUCGUCGUCGUUGUCGCAGAUGUUCAGUCUUCAGAAUACUUUCCAUUCAAGAGUACUCGGUGCCAAACCUAGCUGGCGCCAAGG